AUGUCUUAUGGUACGCCCAAAGGUCGCCCGAUUCUCACGCAAUUGCCACUGUUGCUCUUAACAAUUGCAGGCACUGCAUGCCUCUUGACAAAAGUAGCGACACUUAUGUUUGGUUGCCACCCGCUUGACUCUCCUGAUGUCCUUCAAGGAGCCUCACGACCGUUAACGCCUCGAGCAACCCAUCGGAAUCUCAAGUCUCGCCACAUCCAGCUGAUUGGUAUCGGAGGUACUAAUGGGACUACACUUUUUGUACAAAUAGGCCAAGGUCUACGCAAUGGUGGCCCAGGAAGUUUAUUCAUCGCCUUCAGUAUCUGGUGUACGGUGAUCCUCGCUUUCACAGUCUCCGUUGCUGAAAUGGUCUCCUACAUGCCCAUCUCCUCGCCAUUCAUUCGCUUCGCCUGUCGCUACGUGGACGAGGCGUUUGGGUUUGCGGCAGGUUGGAACUUCUUUAUUUUUGAGGCCGCACUCGUACCGUUUGAAGUCGUGGCUUUACCCGUUGGCGCAAUCAUAGCCAUCAUAAUCGUUCUAAAUGCUGUGCUUAAUCUCCAGGCUGUUCAAUGGUACGGAGAGGCUGGGUUCUGGUCCGCCCUUGGCAAGUUCUUUUUCAUUGUCGGGCUGAUAAUUUUCACUUUCAUCGUUAUGCUGGGGGGAAAUCCGCAAGGAGAUCACUUCGGCUUCCGGUACUGGAACGAACCGGGCGCCUUCGCUGAGUUGUAUUACCAGGGAAUUCUUGGCAAGUUCCUCGGCUUUCUACAAUGCCUCAUCCAAGCGUCCUUGACCAUUGCAGGGCCUGAUUACGUAUCCAUGGCCGCGGGGGAGGCCCAAAAUUCUCGGGUGACGAUGCCCCGAGCGUUCAACACCGUCUUCUACCGAUUGACUACAAUCUUUGUCCUAGGAUCGCUCUGUGUCGGGAUCCUCGUCCCCUACAGCGACUCAGAAUUGACAGCUGCUCUCGGAAGCGGCGAGGCCGGAGUUGCCGCUUCACCUUAUGUGGUAGCCAUGAACCGACUCGGUGUCGGGGUUGUCCCUCACAUUGUCAACGCUCUAGUUCUCACAGCAGCCUUUUCGGCCGGAAACUCCCAUGUCUACUGCGCUUCUCGCUCGCUCUACGGCCUCGCACUGGAAGGCAAGGCCCCGCAAUGCUUUACCAGAUGUACCAAGAAGGGCGUGCCAAUCUUCUGCGUCGCGCUCGUCCUCCUCAUCGCGCUCAUCUCGUUCCUCCAGCUAUCAUCGAGCACAGCCGUGGUGCUUGACUGGCUCGGCUCCCUGGUGGCCGCCUCACAGCUCAUCAAUUUCAGCUGCAUGUGCGUAACCUGUCUCUGCUUCUACCGCGUAUUCAAGGCCCAGGGUAUGAGCCGCAAUACUCUGCCGUACAAGAGCAUUCUCCAGCCGCAUGCGGCUUGGUAUGGGCUGGUGGGUACGUUUGUUAUGACUUGUGUCGGGUACACUAUGGUUGCUGUGUGUCCGUUUCUUUACGUCGGUUGGAAACUCGCUCACAAGACGAGGAUCAUGAAGUCCAGCGAGGUGGACCUGAGGCAAGGCUUGGAUUGA